AUGCCGCCAAAAGCCGUCGCGUGCCCAGGGUGUUUUUCUUCACAAGAUUCUCAGCUUCUCCGCCUAUUCUUCCCGUUGAAGGUGGACAAGGCCAAGCAGAAGGAACGAGAAAAGAUUGCCAUUGACAAGACGUUCGGACUCAAAAACAAAAACAAGAGCAAGGUGGUUCAGAAGUACGUCAAGUCCAUCACAAGCAAUGCAUCAGGUGCUCCAAAAGGUGGAAAGGAACAAGCAGACCGCGAUGCCAAGGACGCAAAGCAGAAAGAGAUGCAGAAGGCCGCACUCAUGAAUUCUCUUUUCAACCUUUCCACGGACAAGAAGGGGCGAGCGUUUGACCCCGUGGCGAAGAAAAAAGCUAAAGCAGCAGAGGAAGAGGCUAUUGCAGCAGGCAGAAAGCUCAAAGAUGAGUUGAAGAAGGAAAUCAUUGAGGGUGUUGCAAACACGAUUCGCUUGACAAACCCCAAGGGCAUCCGGAUGUCUGAAAUGGGUGGCCAUCCCAUCAUCCAGGCCCUCAAAAGCAAGCACCAGGACACCUUCAAGACCAUCCAGCUCUUGCUUUUCAUUAAGGCACACGACAAAGUCUUCUGGGUAGAUGACCCGGAGAAUACCAACCCCGUCAUCAGAUGCUUAGAGGAUGUUGAAGCAGAAGUUGCCCCUGAUGAGAGACCGCUGGAGGAAAUUAUUGAAGAACGCAGAGCCGCACUACCUCCUGGUGGAACCCCAGUGACACCGGAAACUUUCAAGGCCUGGAAGGAGAAAAGGGAGGCAGAGCGGCUGGCAAAGGUGGAAGCUGAUCGACAAGAAAACAUGAAGAAGGGUACUGCCAAGGGCCUCGUUGGCAUGAGCGGACGAGACCUCUUCACGUACGAUGCAUCGCUCUUCAAAGACGAAGAGGGUGCCGUCUCCGCAGAUGAGUACGACGAGCGGGAGGAGGACCCAGAAUAUGAUGACGACAACGGCCAGACACAUGGUGUUGUUCCCAUCUUAGACACAUGGGCAUCUGCAACGGGCAAUGGUAGAUGCACUGUUGACAAAGACUUGAAGGCACAGGAUCUGCAGGAUGAAGUUGGUGAGGAUUCGGGCGAUGAAGCUGAGCCAGAUUCUGGAGCCAGAGGAAGCAAUGAAGGUGUAAAGGAGGUGGCCGGUGCCAUCAAUGAGAAGCUCUUUCUUGAGGAGGAGGACCUGCCAGACGAUCUUGAUGACUUAGACGAGGCAGAUGAGGAGGCUGUCGAGGCGCGCCUGGCAGCGGCUGCCAAUCUUGGACAGCUGCGCAAGGUUCACAUCUGCACUGUCUGGGCGUGGGGCAAGCUGGAACACAAGCACAUUGACUGCCUGAAUGGGAUGGUGCAGGCCAUCCCCACUGUUUUGGCAGAUUUCUCGACACGAGAUGUGUCAAAUGUCCUGUAUGGAUUUGGCCUACUGCGACAUCGGCCAGUUCGGGUUGCGGUAAUGCUGAUCGACACUUUGCCUGGGCGAAUGCUGGAAUGCAGCAGUCAGACAGUGGCCAACUCUGCAUAUGCCUUGGCACUGCUCAACCUGAAGCACAGAGCGUUUUGGGAGUCGCUUUCAGACUGCGUGCCGAAUCAGAUUCACUGCUUUCAGGCACAAGAGCUGUCCAUACUGUUGUACUCUUCCGCGCUGAUGAGAGCUCGACACGAUGCACUUCUGCAGGCAUCAUGUGAGAGCGCACAGCUUCGGCUGCACGAGUUCAGUCCUCAAAAUAUCUCGAAUCUGGUGUAUGCCCUUGGCCUACUGCGCUUCAUGGAGACGUCCUUUCUGGAAAUGACAUGUCUUCUUGCAUCACACAACUUGGACAAGUUCACAGCACAGGGCAUAUCCAAUAUGACCUACUCGCUGCCUGCUGUUUUCAGCAUCUUUCUUCAUGACCGGUGCAGCCCAUGGCAGGGAGGCUGGGCCUCCUAG